UUUUAUGAUUCUGUCAGCUUCCUAUUUAAAAGCGUUAGUAAGUUUUCCACAUUUUGCCCAUUUGCGCCACAUUAUAAGAGAUAGUGUUUUCGUAUUCUUGAAAUGACAGUUCAAAGCGCCAAGCAAAGUAGAGAAAAGGUUCGACAGCAUUUUGACACAUGUUUCUACUGCGACUUUCAAAGAAUAGUUUUAUGGAGCUGAAAGCCACGCGUCCAUUGGAUUGCUACAGCGUUGUCGUGCUCUCUAUGGCAACGCUCCACCUCUCGGAAGAUCAGCUAUUUAUUGUAAAUUGUUCCCAUGGGGUAUAUGCCCCUCAGAGCAGAAUGAUGAGAUUUGAGUAUCUGUGAGAAGCUGAAAGGCUUCCUGGUGAAAUAAGUGAACGUUUUAAGGAAUCUGGAAGAACUAUCAUCAUAUUGUGGAACGUAUUCAACUUCAAGCCAUGCAAUCAGAUGUCCUAAAGUUCUACUUUGGUUUAUUCGUGUAUUCAGUUUGGUUUACUCUGCACUAAGUUGCAGCAUUUGCUUCACUUUGGGGUCAUCCGAUUCUCUAUUAAAAUGCCAAACGUAAGAUUCUCUGAAGCAGUAACUUCUUUUUAUGUAGACACUGCAUUACGGGUGUCACGGACAGUACAUGUGAGCCAGGAUAAUGAUCUUCAGGCGGUACCUUCAACACUUGUGCAUCCUGGAGACCGUCUACUUUUUGCAGAUUUCGCACAGCAAGUUUUGACCAACUUUCCUGCAACACAAAUAACAUCUUUACGGGACGUGGAAGAAUUACACAUGGAAAAAAAUGCAAUACACAAUAUUCCUGAAGAAAUAAAAUUUUUGAGGAAUCUGAAGGUGUUAUACUUAAAUGAUAAUUGCAUAGACUCGUUAUGCGAGGAGCUUGGGGAGCUGACAACUUUAGUACGUUUAGAUUUAAGUAAUAAUCCAAUAGGCUGCAGUAACUCGAUAGAAGUCAUUAGCGCCCUGCACAAUAUUCAGGAACUCAGGCUGUAUAAUACACAGCUGGAAGAGUUUCCAGCUGAAUUUUGCAAAAAGCUUAUUCAUCUGGAGUUGCUUGGACUUUCUGGGAACAAACUCAGAAGUCUACCUAAAGAGAUUAUCAAUUUGGUAAAACUGAAAGAAAUUUACCUGCAGAAAAAUAAAUUUGAAUCAUUUCCUCUAGAACUCUGUCAACUUUCAGAGUUAGAAGUUUUAGAUAUGGAAGGAAACUCACUUAGAGUAUUACCGAAGGAGAUCGCAUGCCUACAAAAAUUGGAAAAGUUAUACCUAGCCUUCAAUAGGUUGCAGUCACUUCCAAAUUCCCUGAGCAGUUGUGAACAACUAAUCGUGCUUGACGUGGCCGGUAAUUCUUUACAGGAUUUACCUCAAAGCAUAGCACAGCUUGCCUACCUAAAAGAGCUGGGGCUUUCACAUAAUGACCUCCGUGUAUUUCCACUUCAGCUUUGCAAGGUGACCUCUCUGCAAGUUCUUUACCUGCAAAAUACUGGGAUAAAAACAAUGCCGUCUAAUUUUAUAAACUUAGGAAAAAUUCAGUUCCUAGAUCUUAGUCAAAAUUGUUUGCAUUAUUUUCCAGCAGAGAUUUGUUCCUUGUUAAAUCUGCAGAUGUUGUCUUUGGAUGAUAACAGAAUACACAAGAUUCCAGCAGAGGUGAACAAACUGGCUAAUCUGAAAGUCCUUGGUCUAACUGGAAAUAAAUUAAAAGCUUUUCCAGAGCAGAUCUGUUUCUUGGAGUCCUUGGAGAAACUCUACCUGGGUCAAGAUCAAGGAAAAAAGUUUGCUGUGGUACCAGAGAACAUUGGCCAGCUUAAGAACCUGAAAGAACUAUAUUUGGAAAAUAACAGUCUAGAAUUCCUACCUGCAACAAUCAAACUUUUAGAAAAGCUAGAAAUACUGGAUUGCCAAAAUAAUAUUCUCAAGGAAUUACCAGAAUCAAUCUGUGAACUAAAAGGUUUACAGAGAUUGCUGCUGCAGUAUAAUCAAUUAACCAGCCUCCCAAAGGACCUAGACAGACUCCAGAAGUUAAAGGUCUUGAUACUGGAUGACAACCCCAUGUCAGAUCCUCCUGUGAAUAUUUGCAGUCAAGGUAUCCCUGCCGUAUGGAAAUAUUUACAAGAAAAAAGGCUCCGGCAUGUCAAAGCAACUAAGAUCCAAGCAUGGUGGCGUGGAUUAAUGGUACGUAAAGGACUUGGGUGUUUUGCACGACUUCAAGCAGAGCUGAGAAAAGCAAGAAAGGAGAAACAGGAAAAAGGGAAAAAAGGAUCAGCCAAAGGAAAGAAGGGGAAGGGCAGUGGCAAAGGACAACGGCCUUCAGCUGGAAAAAGCAAGAAGAAAUAAUUAAAACAUUAAAAUUAGAAAUUUGUCCUCUUUAUUCUAUGGACAGGUCACAUUAACUUUUAAUGAACUGUUACGUGGGCAUAUACUUGCUUCUGUGCAUUAUAAUAAGGUUAGCCAAACAAAAUGAGGGAACUAAAACAUAAGAUUAUUGUUUAGAUCAAAAAAAAUAUAUAAAAAAUGCAGACUGGUCUCCAUUCCAGUGUCCGUGUACCAUGUUUUUUUUUUUUUGUCUUUUUUUUUCACAAAGGCACAUGCAUACAUAUAAAU